AUGGCUGUACUGCUGCCUCCGCCUCACCGACACUGUCCUGAGUCCAGGCUCCGGGCCUACUGCCACUACGAGUCCCCCGCUCUGGCCACCACCGCCAAGAGUCCUGUUUCACGCUGCCAAUGCUAUAGCCAUUGCCCUGUUGACACCAUUCCAGCCUCAAAGAUGAGGAAAAGAAAAAGACAAAAAGUAUUUGGAGAAGGCAAGGCCGCCAGCCAGGAGCAAAUGGACUCCCAUGAGCCUGAACACGAUCUCCCAUGCUGGUGCCACGUUGGAGCUGUGAGGCAGCAGCUUACACCUGUUGAUAGUGACAGUGGACCGAGUGAUCCAGAAGACGAGCAGCCACAGGUUGUAGUUCUUCGGAAGGGGGACUUGACAGCUGAAGAAGCAGCAAAAGUCAAACAGAAUGCAGAAAACUCAAAGAAAUCUGAAGAGCCAGAGCCAGAGGAUGGGAAGCAUGUGUUCAGGAAACCAGCAAAGCGUUCUUCAGGUGACACCUUUGCAGGCCUCACUGCCACUUCUAGCAAAAAGAAAAAGGAAGAGCGAAAAGAGCAAACCGAACUCUCAAAUUCAGAGAACAAACCAAAGCAAGUAAAAAACACCAGCUUGCUGUCUUUUGAGGAUGAUGGAGAUGAUGAUUAAGGAAGUACUCUACCGCUAUUAGGUUCUUAUUAAUAAGAAGCUAAUGAUAUUGGUAUCCUGCCUUUGGAUGAACCCAAUUUAUCAGUUCUGUACAGUUCCAAAUUGAUUUAGUUACAUUGAGAUGCAGCUAGGGCUCAUAUUUAAUGUUGUAUAACUAAAGCAGCUAACCCAGUCUACUAUUGUUGUUGUGUUGUUUCCUCCUUCGUCAUGACCAAGAGCUCAGUUGUUAUUAUUAUAAGUGUGUUAAAAAGAAUGAGGAGGCUCAGGGGCAAAAAAAGGGAUACCACUCAUCGUCAAGCCAACUUAAAUGCACAUUGUCUUUGCAGCUGAAAUCUGCAGCAAGUUGAGUGCUUUAUUUAAUCUUCCUCUCGUUGAAAUCAAAGGGUGAAGCCAUGUGAUGUAUGACAUCAAGGUGAUGAGGAAUUAAAGUAAAAUGUAUGAGGAAUUUUUAAAAAAACAGGAAUGUAAAUUGUCAGUGUUUUAUUUUGUCACUGCGUUCAACAAGUGAUAUUCAGCCCUAUACCUGCCUCUCAAUUCUAGCAAACAAUUGUGUUAUUGGGGGGAAAAAAAGAAAAUUCUGCAUCUGAUGGAAGGUAAUUGACCUGAAAUUUCAACUUUGUUUUUCUUUCCAUAGUUGCUGCUUGACUUGUUUAUUGUUUCCAGUAUUUUCUGUUUCAGGUUUUCAGCAGCAUCAGAACUUUGCUGUUGUACACAUACUGUGUUGUUUUUGGUGCUGUAUAUAGGCUGUAAUCCCUGGCUGGCAACUCCCGAGUGUGAGCUGAUGAAUGCAUAUGAAAGAGCGACAGUCUUUAUGAUAUCAGUGAGGUAGUUUUACGUGACGCGCCUAACGGGAAAACUGUUGGAAUCAGAUUGGCUACCUGUUUUCUAUCCCGACAGAUUCCAUUUUCAAUUCACUUCAAUGCAAAAUAAAAUCAGGUGGGAUGUUGGGAUGGACAGUUGACCAGGUCGUGCCAGUUUCCUGUUUGCCAGGUGAGAUUAAACUAACCCAUUUUCUGGGUUUCAGUGAUGGCAGAUGGCUCACUGGUUAGUGUGCUCACUUCACCCUUCCCAUUAUGGCAGCUCAUCCACCCCACUGGCCCCAAUUUCUAAUGCACUACCACAGAAAAUCCACAAACCUCACAAAUUCAUGCCUAUCUUUCCCAGAGAUUCAUGUUUGAAUCUCUCCAAUUGGGUUUCCACCCAUGCUGCAGGAUAGAAAUUACUCUCAUUGAAAUUGCAAAUAGUAGCUUAUUACUAUGUGAAACUGUCUCUCCUUGUCUUUCUCAAUCUGCAGCCCUUGAUGUGGUUGAGUACAUACCCUUCUUCAAAUGGCUGUCCUCCAUUGUAUUCCUGGAUGGAACUAGUUCCAUAUUUCAUUGUAGCCAGAGAAUCACUUGCAGUGGCUUGCUUUCCUGCUUCCAUAACUUUAACUCUAGUGCCCAUUGACGCCUCCUGUUUCUCAUCUACAUUCUGGCCCUUGGCAACUCAUGCAGAAACACAGUUUUCAAACAUGUUGACAACACCCAGCCUUGCCUCACUGGCACCUCUCAACUUGUUAAAUUAUCCAAUCAUCUGUUACUGGAUGUGCAGAAAUUUCUUACAGUUAAAUAUUGGGAAGAUUGAAGCCAAUGCCUUUUGAUCCAUGCCACAAACUCUGCUCCCUCGCCACUACUCCUGUCAGAAGUUGAACCAGACAGUUCACAACCUCACUAUUAUGUUAGACCUCAAGAUGAGUUUUCCACCAUGUAUCCGUGCCAUCACUAUGACUGAUUAUUUCCACCUCUGAAACAUCACCAUACCCCACCCCUUCCUCAGUUGACUUGAUGCUCUAAUCCUUAUCCAUGACUCAUUAGCUCCAAACUUGACUCACCUGUCACAGGUCAGUCUCCCAAAUUCCACCCUCUAUAAACUCACUAAAACUCUCUUGCUCGUGUGUCACAUCAAACCCAUUCACUCUUCGUUCCCAGUGCUUGCUGGUUUAGUUUACUUUAGGUCAUGUUCAAGCAGUGUUUCAAUUUUAAAAUUCUCAUCCUCAUUUUUAAGUCUCUCCGAGGCCUGGUUCCACUUCAAUGUUGUAAUUUCCUUAGUAAUUUCCACUACAGUCUCUGAGCGAAAAGAUACUUCUAUGCCCUCCUCUUAAGCAACAACUUCUAUACCUUUUUUAUCCCGUCAGGGGAGAACUUGAAAGCAAUGUCAUGCCUUCUUUUUCACAGCACAGUUGGUAAAUUACAGGUGAGUUGCCUACCCAGCAUAUCUGUGCUUCACAACUCCAUUUGUAAAUAGAACGAUUCAGUACGAGCUCUGCAGUGCUGUCUUUUUCCUUCAGUAGCUACAGAAAUCCCGCAUGAACUUCAAUGGGCUAAAUGGGUGCCUGGGUUCGUAAUGACUCUACAAAUAUGAAAUGCUGGAAAUGCUCAGCAGGUCAGGUGACAUCGGUUAUGAGAAAAAUAGAGAUAACAUUUCAGGUUGGUGACCUUGCGUCAGAACCAGAGAAAGUAAGGAUAGUAAGAUUUCUGCAGUAUUUAGCUGAAACUGGACUGGUUCUACUGUGUAUUGUGGUCACUCAGGCUAUUCAACAUCUUUGGUAGGGGGUUCAGCUGAAUUCCAACUGGUUUGUCUCAAAAGAUGUGAAAUAAUUUGCGUGUGACAAUGGAUUUAUUGUUUUAAAAAAUGGAGAGAAUCUGUGCAUGGAGGUGAUUUAGUUCACCAUAUAAAAUUCUGAAUCAAUGCAGUUUCAACCUGUAUGUAUUAAGCAUUGAGUUAUCCACAGAAAUAUUAGGUUUCUGAAAAAAGUGUGCAUUUCAUUGGUACUUGGCAAUCACUUCACCCAUUUUCUCCACUUCAUUACUGGUGUCUCUUGCCCUCCAGCACUCCGUCCAAGUGCUGAAUAUUUUAUGAGUGUCUUUCCCAAAAGUGGUAGAAGGAUAAUAGGAGUGUAGAACCCAGCUUCAUCCAUGCAUUCCCGCUUCCUUAUGGACACCAUCAGAGUGAUUUCCAUUUGGGAUUCCCAGCUGAUUAUCCACUUCUCCAGUACAAAGGUUCACAUAGCAAGGAAAUAGGGAGUGCACUGAUGUUAAACCUCCUUAAAUGCACACUAGUUUGAGUCCAAGAAUUUUGAGAAUGCUAAGACAUUGAUUAUUUAAAUAAUUACCAUAAAAAUGUAUGUCUCAUGAUAAGAAAUGAACACAAUGCCAUUGGCUUGCCUGAUUAAUAAGGGCUUUUAGUAGCAUCAUCUUUGAGGAGGUAGAGCAAUCGUUCUCAUUCCACAUGGGAAUGUGGGUAAUAAGCUUCUUUUUGGGAGCCAAGCAAUGUGUUUUUAUAGUGAUGUAGCUGCAUCCGUGGUUUUAUCCUUUGUGAGAUUUGUGCUGGAAUGUUGAUCUUUGUGCUUUUUUUUAAACUGUAGUAGUAUAUAGAUUGAUAACACGAUCACAAUGUUUUUCAAUUUCAAACAUAUUUGGAAAGACAACUUUUAUGAACUAUACUGUGGUUUUCCAUUAAUAAAGUACGACAUCAAUCAUUUCAAUCGUG